AUGGAGCAGGAUUACAUCCACACGCACAAUACCUCCUUGCACGGCUGUGGUUUAGGAUACGUGCCGGUCGUCUACUACAGCUUGCUGCUCUGCCUGGGACUGCCAGCUAACAUUUUGACAGUCAUCAUCCUGUCACAGUUGGUGGCUCGGCGGCAGAAAUCCUCCUAUAAUUACCUUCUAGCGCUAGCAGCUGCUGACUUGCUGGUCCUCUUUUUCAUUGUCUUUGUGGACUUCUUACUGGAAGACUUCAUCCUGAAGAAGGAAAUGCCAGAGAUCCUGGACAAAAUCAUUGAAGUCUUGGAAUUUUCUUCCAUACACACUUCCAUUUGGAUUACUGUACCACUGACGAUUGACCGGUAUAUUGCGGUAUGCCACCCUCUCAAAUAUCACAUGGUUUCUUACCCAACGCGUACCCGGAAAGUCAUUGUAAGUGUUUAUAUCAUUUGCUUUCUGACCAGCAUUCCUUACUACUGGUGGCCCAAUAUUUGGAAAGCAGAUUACACAAGUACGUUGGUUCAUCACAUCCUCAUUUGGUCCCACUGCUUCACGGCCUACAUAGUACCGUGCUCAAUCUUCUUUGUUCUGAAUUCAAUCAUUGUGUACAAGCUUCGACAAAAGUGCAAUUUCCGAUUGAGAGGGUACUCCACGGGGAAAACGACCGCCAUCUUGUUUACAAUAACUUCAAUUUUUGCCAUACUGUGGGCGCCAAGGGUUAUCAUGAUCUUAUAUCACCUGUAUGUCACACCAAUAAACAACAGCUGGUCCAUCCACAUCGUCUCUGACGUUGCCAACAUGCUAGCUCUGUUGAACACCGCCAUCAAUUUCUUCCUUUAUUGUUUCAUUAGCAAGCGAUUCCGCACGAUGGCAGCCGCGACGCUUAAGGCUUUCUUUAAGUGUCAGAAGCAACCUGUUCAGUUCUAUACAAACCAUAACUUUUCAAUAACUAGCAGUCCCUGGAUAUCCCCUGCCAACUCUCACUGUAUCAAAAUGCUUGUUUACCAGUAUGAUAAGAAUGGAAAGCCUAUAAAAAUAUCACCAUGAUCGUCAGUCGGAAAGUCAACUCUGAAUGCAAGUGGUUUUCAAGCUGUUGCAUCCAUGGGAUGUAAUUGCCAAAAUGGUUAUGGCACUGAGCAGCCAUUGGAUUUCCUUUCUCCCCGAGAGCCAGAAGAUCUGUAGGCUAGAACUGUUGUUAACAGGAGCCUUAGGUACUGAGGAGAAACAUGGAGAGGGCAGCUUCACCUCCUUUAAGGCACG